CAUCUGCCCCGGGGAAAGGGCUGAUGGCUGUGGACGCAGAGCUCCCCAUUCCCAGCCCUGUCCCAGACAGGAAAGGCCCGUGCCCCAUUUCCUGCCCCCCCUGAGCCAGCCAGUCUCUGCCCUCAGGCCAAAUUGGAGCUGGUGCCCCCUAGAGGGGAAAGUUCCUGCACCCCAUUCCCCCCAAGCCAUGCCCUGGAGCUGGAUGGGAGCUGAGGAACAUUGGCUUGGGAGCUGUUUUGGGGGGGGUUGGGGGCUGUAUUUUAGUGCGUGUGUGUCUACUGGGGCUCGGGAGGGCAUGGGGGGCUCUAUGUGUGUGGAGGGGGGAGCUCCUCCUGCCUAUCUUCCUCCCCCCACCCCAGAUUUUAGCCCCAGCCCCCUUGACUCCCAGAUCCCACCCCAACUCCCUUUUCCUUUCUCCCCCCCGUCCCCGCCGCUCCUCCCAUCAGUACAGAAGCCCUGCCCCACAUCUGGCCCCGAACUCCCGUACAAAGGGAGCCAUUGUGCUGGGUGCCUGCUCUGUCACUUCCUCAUCGUGCCCAUCUGGCUCUGGGGAGCCAGCCAUCGAGGCUGGCAGAUGCUGGUACCCAUCCCAGGGACAUAAACCCUUCCCAGGUCUCGGCUGGACCCCGGAGAUCGGACGCUUGGAGACACCCUGUGGAUUCCGGGUGCCAGGAUUUUGCCAACUUCAUGCCGGAGUCGCCGAGGGGUUAGACAGCCCGGAGGACACUGAAAGUUGACACAACCUCGCUGCCCCCUGAGAAGAUGAAGGCUGCUGGCACUCUGCUCACCUUGGGGAUCCUAUUUGGAGGCACCCUGGGUGGGCCGUGGAGUGCAUGGAUGCCCCAGACCAUUGUGGCCUUCGAGGGCACGUGUGUGGCCAUCCCGUGCCGCUUUGACUACCCGGACGAACUGCGCCCCUCGGCCGUGCACGGCAUCUGGUACUUCAACAGCCCCUACCCCCGGAACUACCCGCCUGUGGUGUACAAGUCGCGCACCAGCAUCGUUCACGAGAGCUUCCAGGGCCGCACCCACCUGCUGGGUGACCUCCAGGCCCGCAACUGCACCCUGCAGCUCAGCCGCCUCAGCCCCGAGCUGGCGGGGAAGUACUUCUUCCGCGGGGACCUGGGCGGCUAUAACCAGUACACCUACUCGGAGCACAGCAACCUGGAGAUCAUCAACAAACCCACCAUUGUGCCCCCGGCUGCGGUGGUGGUGGGGACAGAAGCGGAGCUGCGGUGCGUGGUGCCGGAUAACUGCCCCACCAUGAAGCCCGUGGUGAGCUGGCUGCACCACGAGGUGCUGGAGGAGCAGGCUGUCUUCGGCCAGCUGGAGGAGGAGAGUGGCACCUGGAGCCAGGUGUCCCUGCUCAAGUUCCAGCCCUCGCGGGAGAACGACGGGCACGAGCUGGGAUGCCAGGUCACCUACCCCGACUCCACCUUCCUCUUUGAGGCCUUCGCCACCCUGGACGUCAAGUACGUGCCCCGGAUCCUGCAGGUGAACUCGUCCCUGGAGAUCACGGAGGGCUCGCACGUGGUGCUGGUGUGCGUGGUGGACAGCAACCCCAUGGCCUUGCUGGCAUGGUUCAAGGAGGAGGCCGUGCUGCGGGAGGAGCCGUCCACCAACCUGACGCUUGAGCUGGACAACGUCACUCACGCGCACGACGGGAUUUACACCUGUGUGGCCGAGAACGUGUAUGGACGGGUGAACCGCUCCCUGGCCCUCACCAUCAUGUACGCCCCGCGGAAGCCGUCGGUGAACUCCUCGGUGGUGGCAGUGGAGGGGGAGCCGGUGACUAUCCUGUGCACCACCGAGAGCAACCCGGAGCCCAUCAUCACUAUCUUCAAGGAGAAGCAGAUCGUGGCCACGGUGGUCUACGAGAGCGAGCUGCUGCUGGAGAUCCCCGCCGUGACCCACGAGGAUGACGGGGAGUACUGGUGUGUGGCGGAGAACCAGUACGGCCAGCGCAGCUCCGCCUUCAACCUCACUGUGGAGUUUGCUCCCAUAAUCCUCGUGGAGUCGAAGUGCACGGCGGCCCGGGACACGGUGCAGUGCAUCUGCGCCGUGCUGGCCAAUCCAGAGCCCGUGAUCUCCUUCGAGCUGCCCACCCGGAACGUGACGGUCAACGAGACUGACCAGGAGUUCGUCUAUUCCCAGAAGACAGGCUACACGGUCACCAGCAUCCUGACGCUGCGCGGGGAGCCAGACUCGCAGCUCUUCAUUGUCUGCUCCGCCCGCAACCUGUACGGCACCAAGAACCAGCAGCUCCAGUUCCACCACUCCAACAAUCUGAUGUGGGCGAAGGUGGGGCCAGUGGGCGCCGUGGUGGCCUUUGUGAUUCUCAUCGCUGCCGUGUGUUACGUGAGUCAGACGCGGAAAAAGAAAAACAUGAACAAAAACUCCAGCUUCGUGCAGCUGGAGCACCCGCCCGUGGCGUACAGCGGCGAGUACCGGCCCCCGGGGGCCCUGGACAAAUCUGAGUAUGAGCGGCGCCUGGCCUCCGACAAACACCUCCUGAACAAGCCCGAGGGCUCCCUGGACCGGAACGUGGACUAUGCCAACAUCGACUUCACCAAACUGGCCACCAAGGACAGCUACACCCUGACAGAGGAGCUGGCGGAGUAUGCAGAGAUCCGCGUCAAGUGAGCGCCCCCCGCCCCCCCAGUGACACGCCUUCUGCCUGGAAACCUCGCCCGCCGGAAACAGGACCUGUCUGUGCCCCCAAAUCACCAGGCAUGCUGCCACCACAGAAAUCCCGCCUACCGGAUCAACCCCAUGCAGAGUGCAGGUCCUGCCAUGCCCACUAAUAGCAGGACACGCCCCCUGCCAUGGAAACCCCACCCACGGCAAUCAGGACCUCCGACUGAAUGCAGCUGGGACUGGACUGGGACUGUCUCUCGCUGUGUGUCUGCGCAGCGCCUGGCACAAUGUGGCUCUGAUCUCAGCUGGGGCAGGGACUAUCUCUUGCUGUGUGUCUGGGCAGCGCCUCAUAUCCUGAUGUGGGCCUCUUCUUUGACAGCCCUAUGGCUGGUUAUGUGGGUCUGGCCCUGCACUGGGACCCAGGAGACCUGGGGUUUAAAUCCUACCUGUGCUACAGACUUUGUGCUAUCUUGAGGUAUGUCCUAACCUCUCUGCGUGCCUCAGUUUCCCCACAAUCUCUUAAUUUCACCUGUGCACUAUGUGGCUCAUAAUUCCCUCCCACCCCAGGGCUUUUGUGAGGCUAAAUUUGGAACCGUUUGGGAGGCUCAACCAAAGCCCUGUUGAAUCAUUAAUUACCCCGUUGAGCUAUCUCUCUAGGAGCCACACAAGUACCUGCCUAGAUAGCCCGGGUGGACCCUGUACAAAACGGGCCCGGCUCCUCCCUAAACCCAUCCAGUCCUUGUUCUAAUUACCCCAAUCUGUCUUUCCAUGUGCGGAAGGAACAAUAUGGUUUUUCUUCUGCGUAAAGACUUGUCUGUGCUAUAAAUCUGCUGAGACCAGCACAGCCAUCCCCAGCCAGGAAGGGGAAUACACUAUACUGGGAUAAAGCCCUGUCCUACAGGGAUAUCUGCCUCCACAGCUGUACUGGUAUAAGCAGGGCUUGUGCUGGUGGUAUACCUAGAUCAGUAGAAAAUCACACGUCUAAUUGACAUAGUUAUUCCGGGGGGAAAUCUCUGGGUGGCUCAGAUGUAAAUCAGGAGUCCAAAAAAACCCCGCAGCUGUAAUCUUUGUUUCCCAUUGGGAUAAACAGGUGCUCACGUUCUGGGUCCGAUCCCCAGGAAUUCUAUGAUCCAUCGGCACCAGUAAUCCUGGGGGGAAAUUUAAAACAAAUCGUCAUUUAUUUUUGGUGUCAUUUUUUUAACCGAUAUUUGCCUGAUGAUAGAAAACGAAAUAAAUAAAAAGCCCAGACUAACAACGUCGAAACUCUCUAACCAGCGCUUAAUUCUGCCCCCAAACCACCCCCUAACCUUGAUAACCCUUCCAGGCACCCGGAUCUAGGCUCUCUUUAUUGAUUAGCUGGAUGUGACGUGAUUAGAUGUCAAAUCAAACACAGCGCUUGAGGCACUGGUAUAAUAAUAGCAAGGCCACUUCACAGAGCUCUGGCAGGUAAAGGAACCACACAAAUGGCAUUGACAUGAGGGCAGGGUGAAAAGGAUCCAGGGACCUCGCGAGGCAGCCAGCCGCCUGCACUGACGCAGAACCAAGUAGCCCCAGACCAUCCCUGUCAGGCGUUUCUCAAACCUGGUCUUAAAACCCUCCACUGACGGGGAUCCCACAACCUCCCUUGGAAGCAGAGCCCAGAGCUGAACGCCCCGGAGAGUUAGGAAGUUUUUUCCUAAUACCUGACCUCAAUCUCCCCUGCCCAGAACGUGGUCUGAAGACUGUUCUCAGGUCCACCCUCAGCCUCCUCUUCUCUAAACAGGCCCAGUUAUUUUACUCUUUCCUCAAUGGUCAAGUUUUGUAAACCUCUGAUCCUUUCUGCUGCUCUCCCCAGGAGCAGCAGAAGCUGUCUAAAAGUGGGGGGGCCACUAGUGCCUGAACCAUGGCCCCGCCCCAUCCCCCUGAGGCCCCGCCCCUUCUCUCCUUCUCCCCGCCCCCACCCUGCCCCUUCCCCUCAAGACCCCCCCCUCGCUCCUCGCUCCCCUCCCGCACCACUCAUCGCUGACCCUUAUGUCUGGUAGAAAGUGAUGGGGCCAUGGCCCCGUGACCCCCCCCACCCCGUUCUGGAACUCCUGGCUCUCCCCCGGACUCUCCAUUCGGGCCACCCCUUUCUGAAUGGACAGCGCCCGAAAGCGAACAUGGUUCUCCAGCUUCGGCCUCCCCAGAGCAGGCCAAUUCCCGCCUGUGUUGUACGUCCAACACUCCAGUUUCUAUCGCCCAGAACGACGUAAACUUGGAAAUAAAAAAGCUGAAAUGGAAACAAAAAGUUUCCAUUGACCCCAAAAAGAAAUCCCCCCCCAAUUUUCACUUAGCAGGAAAUUUUGACAUUUUCUUCUGAUUCAGAGCCCUUCUUUUGUUUGAAAACACACAAUCCCUCCCCCAUCACCAAAGCCAAAAUGUAAAUUCUAAUCGGCUUUCAUUUCCACCCCUCUCGCUUGGCUUUCUGCUCCCACCGCUGGAAAAAGAGCCGCGGCCUAACUCAGAACACCGCCUCUGUUGAUUUACACUAAGUCGUGUGGACAAUUCCCGUUCUUGGCUUCUAUGUAAAUAGGGAAGACUAUAAAAAAUAAUUGAAGCCAGGAUUGGCGCAGUAACUUUUCAGUAUCGUGUGUGCGCAUGUGUACGUGUGUUACAGGACACAAUUGUGCCACUGGCUUAGGCAGCCCUGCUCCCAGGUAGAAUUAGGCUAGCGAACUUAUCAGGAGAGCUGGAUUAAUUCCACGACUAUGUCGGUUUCGUUGUGUAUCAUUGUUCCGUGAGGUGCCAACUGUUUAAUGACUUUAACCCAGCAGACUUUGUAUUCCGAAGGAAAUAAAAUGUAUUUUACAAAUCCA